GGAGGGAAAAUGCGUGCGUGGCGGAUUUUGCUGAUAGCGAUGGUGGCGGCGGUGGCGAUGGCGGGAGAGGAUCAUUUCGUAGAGGAAGCGACAUCUGUGAAGUUCCCUCUGGACAUCCCAGGAGAGAAGAGCUCGCUCGUCCUCCUCGGUGCGACCGUCAGGGUCAAGAAAAUCCUCUUCGUGAAUGUGCAGGUGUAUGCUGUCGGUGUCUACACGGAGCCAGGCGUCGUCGAAGAGCUGAAGGGAAAGGAGCCGAACGACAUGUACAAGUAUCUCAUGGAGCAUCCCGUCCAGUCGUCGCUCAGACUCACGAUGGUGAGGAGCGUCACGGGGGAUCAGAUGGGAGGAGCCCUCAAGGAGGCCGUGCAGCCCCGCCUGAAGCUCUUCGCCAGGGACGAGGCCUCGACUGCAGGAGACAUGUCAGCCUUCGAGAAGCAAUUUGACAUGAGCUCGCUGGCAGCUGGGACUGUCUUGACAUUCUCUCGUCUGCAGAAUGGAAAUCUUCGUGUUUCUCGACAACGAUUCAGUUGUGGAACGAUCGAAGCUGCUUCAGCGCCUGCCGGUGUUGUAACAAGGGACUGGUGGGAAGCAAGAGAUGGACGGAGUAAGAUUCCAUUGGAGCUAGGGACAGGAG